AUGUCCGCUGAAAUCGCGGCCCUGGAGGCGGAUCGCAAACAGUACCAGGAGCAGCUCGACGUCGUCCACGCCGGUCUGAAGGAUGACCCCGGAAACCCCGAACUCGAAAGUCUGCAGGCGGAGUUGAAUGACAUGAUUUCCCUCCUAAACGAGUCUCUUGCUGAGCUGCAGCCGAAGCAGGCACCCAAGCCCGCACCUCUCAAAGCCCCCAGCCCGCCCCCCGAGAAGUGGUCCAAGGAGAACCAUCCUGCCUUCAAAAAGGCCGCCCCAGCCGUCGAAGAGAAGGAUGAUGCCCCUGUUGUCUACCGUGUGAACGACACUGUCAUGGCCAAAUGGGUCUCAGGCGACAGGGGAUUCUACCCUGCGCGCAUCACCUCUAUCACCGGCUCAUCAACGGCGCCAAUCUAUGUUGUCAAGUUCAAGAGCUACGAUGAGACCGACACAUUGCGGGCCAAGGACAUCCGACCCAUGUCCAACAAACGCAAGGCUGACGGAACACCAGCGUCCGGACCCAGCACCGCACAACAGGCUGCACAGCCUGCGCCGCCCAAGACAUCCGGCCCGUCGAACGGUGUCGUCACAUCCGCUGCUGCUAGCCUGUACCCGGAACAACAAGCCAAGCUUGAUGCAGAGAAGAACGCCGAUGCAGCUACCAAGCCUCCCAAGGCCAAGAAGAUCAAGGCCACCAAGGAGCUGGAGAAGGGCAAGAGCAAGUGGCAGGAGUUCAACGCCAAGUCCAAGUUUGGAAAGCAGAAGAAGGACAGCAUGUUCCGCACGCCCGACGGUGUACAUGGCCGAGUUGGCUUUACGGGCUCCGGCCAAGCCAUGCGCAAAGAUCCUACCCGCAGCCGUCACGUAUACCAGCAAAACGACGAGCUAGACUAA